UUCGUCGUAAUGAGAACAUCUAGCCACUCGUGGAGACAAUGUGCGGCUGUUGUGUGAAGGUAUCGUUGAACUUACUCGCCAAUCUGCUGCAGCGCAUCACCGAUGACAUAAUGGAGCUGAUCUACUGCCAAAGAAACUGCUCUGCUAGCCUUCUGUCAGCCGAAGAUCAAUACCAAUGCCACCAACGAGAGCAACCACAGGCUAACAGUGAUCAUGAACGUCAUCUACCAUCAGACCAGCAACUGGUGCACCGCGUUGAUGAAGAUGCUGCGACAGACUCAACAAAGGGCACUGACCUAGGAAUGGCAUCGGCAAAGCUGAAGGGGCCUAGUUUUUACAACGUGAUCUACGAUACCGUGGAACUGGAACCGUACUUCUGCGCCGUUGAUCGCCCGCAGAGUGUGGAAAUACUUCGCGGUCAUCCGGAUGGAGCCUGUCUCGUGAGACCGUUCAAGCUGAAGCACGCUCACAUCCGGUAUAUCCUUUCGGUGCACGCUGCGGGGGCUUACUUUCACCUGUUCAUCCGAAAAACCAGCCCGAACGGGAUGUACGCGCUGGGACUCGAAAAGCAAAAGGAGCGCCAGUUUAAAUUCCCCUCCGAUAUCGUCCAGUAUUAUCGAACCCAUCGAUUGGAAUGUGCCACCGGUGAUAAGGCGGUUAAAAUCAGGCUCCAUUUAUUGCCCAUCGUAAAUGUUUGUGCCAAUCACCCGGGGCGGCGGCGCAUCGAUGCCGAUGAUGACGGCGCGCAAGGAAGUUGUGAUACCAGUAAUAGCCAGUAAACCCGACGAAACGUAGCGGAAAAGCGUUGUUGAGCAAAUAUUUCCCAUGAACCGAUUGGGG